AUGCUAACAUCAAUUGGUGUACCUUUAGAGAAAUUGAAAUUUGUAAGAGGUACUGAAUAUCAACUAAGUAAAGAAUAUACUUUGGAUGUGUACCGUAUGUCAUCUGUUAUAACAGAACAUGAUGCUAAAAAAGCUGGAGCAGAAGUAGUAAAACAAGUUGAUCAUCCACUACUAAGUGGUCUUCUUUAUCCUGGAUUACAAGCUUUGGAUGAAGAAUAUUUAAAGGUAGAUGCCCAAUUUGGUGGUGUAGAUCAGAGAAAAAUAUUUACCUUAUCUGAGAAAAUUCUGCCUCAAUUAGGCUAUGCUAAAAGAGUUCAUCUUAUGAAUCCAAUGGUGCCGGGUUUGACAGGAGGGAAAAUGUCUGCUUCUGAAGAAGAUAGUAAGAUUGACUUACUAGACAACCCAGCAAAUGUUAAGAAAAAGCUAAAAAAAGCUUUCUGUGAACCUGGGAAUAUCAUUGAAAAUGGUGUACUAUCUUUCACAAAGUAUGUAAUAUAUCCUUUGAUGAAAUCUAAUGAGAAAUUUGUAAUAAAUCGAGCUGAAGAACAUGGUGGGAGAGUUGAAUAUUCUAAUUUUGAAGAUUUGGAAGCUGCUUUUGCUAAACAAGAAAUUCAUCCAGGAGAUUUAAAAGCAUCUGUAGAACAGGCGAUUAAUAAACUUCUAGCACCUAUUCAAGAAAUAUUCAAGGAACCUAAACUUCAAGAAUUGACAAAGAAAGCUUAUCCACCACCAUCAAAAAAUAAAGGAAAUACAAACAAUGCCGCUGAAGAAAUAACACCAAGCAAAUUAGAUAUUAGAGUGGGAAAGAUUGUUGAAGUAUCCAGGCAUCCAGAUGCGGAUGGUCUAUAUGUAGAAAAGAUAGAUGUUGGAGAGAGUGAACCUAGAACUAUUGUCUCUGGGCUAGUAAAUUUUGUACCCAUAGAGGAAAUGCAGGAUAGGGAUGUUGUUGUGUUAUGCAACUUAAAACCUGCGAAAAUGCGAGGUGUUGAAUCUAAAGGCAUGGUACUUUGUGCAUCUGUGGAUGAACCAAAACAAGUUGAAGUUCUAUCACCCCCAAAAGAAAGCUCACCUGGGGACAGAAUAGUUGUUGAAGGUUAUGAAACUGGUCAACCUGAUGAGGUUCUAAACCCAAAGAAAAAAAUAUGGGAGAAACUUCAGGUGGAUUUAAAAACAAAUGAUAAUUUAAUUGUAGUAUGGCAAGGCAAUAAACUAAUCAGCAAAGUAAAUGGAAAUCCAGUGACAACUAAUUCUAUGAAAAAUGCACCUAUCAAG